AUGCGUACCCCGCCGAAAUAUGCAGUCCUCCUCCUUCUAGUGCUCUGCUCGGCAAUCCUACGCGUGAACGUGGCUUACAGAACUGGACAUUUACAUGGAAAUCUGGUUGUUCAAAAGGCAAGUAGAGGAUGGAAGAGCCCCUUCAUUCUUUGCAAAAAUGGGGUAUAUGAUAAGCUGAAGAAUAAUAUAAAAGAGAAGUAUGCACUACACGGAUCAUUGAAUGAUUAUAUUUAUAAAUUGUUAAUAAAGAAAUUUAAGAAAGUAAAACAAAAAAGAAGUAUGAACGUAUAUAAAACCCUCAAGUCAGCAAAAAGCUCGUAUAAUGUUGACUUAUUAUUUUCUUGUAAUUUUUCUAUAAGUGAAAUAAAGCAAAAAUUAGUAGAAUACACAUACGAAUUGAAACUAGUUGAUGCCGAUAAUUUUAAAAUAGUAUACUUAGGAAAAAGACGCUUAGUCAGACCUAUUAAAAAGCAGAUGGAAGCAUACUACUUAUUAUUUUCCUUUGAGAUAUACCCAUCAAUGAUUAAGGAAGUAUCAAACAAGUUCAAGUUACAGGACCAUGUUCUCAGAUUUAUUAUCAUAAAAAAUGAAGAAAAAAGUAGGACACUUGAAUUUUCGGAGAACGACAUAGUGAAAGAUAGUCUGUCCAAAAUUGAACAAAAUUUUUUUAAGAAAUCGACCAAGAUACUUCCAGCGUAA